AGGCUCACUGGCAGUACUUGACUUACGUACGGUUCAAGCCACUGACUCGCGCCCGGCGUCGUGGUUAGUGUGAUCGUCCUCCCCCCCUCUAUAGAUCACACAUCGUCUGCCUAGGGGAGACAAGGCGUCGUGAGGCUCGAGUUUCGACAGCCACAUACGGAAAUGGGUGAUAGCAAAGAUGUCGAAGCAGGAAUAGAGGCGGUGCCUUGCCUGUCGAACCCCAAAGUCACGGACGAUGACAUUCCACCUUCCGAGCCAAGGCUAUAUCCCGCAUAUUCGAUGGCGGAAACACCUACUUGGACCUCCCGAGUACUCGCGAGCCCUCAUGUGGCCCGUCUCACAGACUAUGGUCGGCGGCUCCAAGCCCAAGCAACCGCGAAAGUAGCCGAAACAUAUCCACAAGUACUCGCCACCCUCCGACGCGCCGCGAAGCUCUGCGGCCUCGUCCUCAUGCUCAUCUUCGUCGUCAUCCUCGCCUCCUGGUUCAUCGCGCUCUCCCACUGGUUCACCGUCGUCUUCGGGCACAUCGUCCUGCGGUACGCCGUCCCCGCGACGCUCGACGACGCCUUCGCGGAGGGCCAGCUCGACAACACCAUGAUCUUCGCCGCGAUCGGCGCGCUCGUCGUGAACCUCCCCCCGCUCGUCAUCUUCCUCCUCUCCUUCCCGCUCACGUUCGACCGCACCGUGCUCGAGGGCAGCGCCGCGCCCGCGAACGAGUUCAUCAAGCGCAUCACGCCCAAGAACCGGUACGCGCUGCUCUUCAUGAAGUACGCGCCGCGGCUUUUGGCGGGGCCUAUCGGCUGCCAGAUCUUCUGGUUGCUCUCGGGGGACGACUCCCCGCAGAAAAUUGCGCUGGACCCGCUGCACGCGGCUUUGGCAGGGGCCGCUGGGGAGGGCGCGCUCACUGCGCUGGGGCUGGUGAAGAACCACUUGCUGGGGAAACGGGCGACUGCUAACGGGACAGAUCCGGGGAAGAGCGGUGAAGAGGUGCUGCCUAUGACAAGGCCGGCGUAGCUGGUUUGUGUGUACUCAUGCUGUGAUAUACGGACGGAUAUAGGGUUGCUAUCUUGA